AGGCGCUGCGCUUUUGCACUUUGAACUCUCCAAAUAAUUUCGUCAAAAAAAACCCGGCAAAAUUUCACUCAGAUUGCUCAAAAUUCGUGAUUCGCGCUCUGAUUUCAGUCUACCUGAGCAUACGGAUCAUUUGCGUGCAUGCGUCUAUCCACAAGCAGCUGUCUUCGCGCUCUAUGUCGAUCACUUUCGAUCUUAGCUGGGAGUGAAGACUCUCCGAGGUUGAAUUGGGGUUAAUUGAGUUAGUUGAGCUGAUAAUUUCGGUAAAUUGUUGAUUUUGGGAGGAUUUAAUUAGGUUGGUGUGGUGUUUAGCCGUCGAUGCGUAUUCUAGGGUUUGGUUGUUCGAAGUCUGCUUUGGGAAUAGGAAUUGAAAGUAGUUUGUGGUUGUUUUUACAUGGAAGUCCUGACUGAAUUGGAAAGUUUGGUUCUUUAAUUUAGUUUCUUUAUAAAGUUUUGUUUUUUCCCCCAAUUUUUUGGGGUGUGGUGUGAAUUUAGGGUUAUGAAAGCUGUGGAUGUGCACAGAUUGAAGAGUUAGAAGAAGAACAACGUGUUGAAGUAGCUGUGGUGUUGUUUUUUGUGAGAGUAGAAUAAUUGUUGACUGGAAUUGGAAGUGGUAGGAAAGGAAAAUGUUUUACUCACAGUUCAUAUUGGCGAAGAAGGGGCCGUUGGGAACGAUUUGGAUAGCUGCGCACUUGGAGCGUAAGCUUCGUAAGAAUCAGGUUGCUGAUACUGAUAUUGGAGUUUCUGUAGAUUCAAUUCUUUCCCCCGAUGUGCCAAUUGCACUUCGUUUGUCCAGCCAUCUCCUGCUUGGUGUGGUGAGGAUCUACAAUAAAAAGGUGAACUACCUCUUUGACGAUUGCAGUGAGGCUUUGCUCAAAGUUAAGCAAGCUUUUCGAUCCACUGCUGUCGAUCUACCUCCAGAAGAAUCAAAAGCACCAUAUCACUCCAUUACAUUGCCGGAGAAAUUUGAUCUUGAUGACUUUGAGCUGCCAGAUAGCGACAUUUUCCAAGGUAACUAUGUCGAUCAUCACAUUAGUUCAAGAGAGCAAAUCACUCUUCAAGAUACAAUGGACGGUGUCAGUUACUCCACAUCGAAGUUUGGGCUGGACGAGAGAUUUGGUGAUGGUGAUAUGUCUGGAUUAGACCUGGAAGAGGAAUUGUUAAUGGAGAAACUUGGUACUGCUGAACCUGCCGAUGAGGGGGUGGAUCCACAGACAUCUUUUGGAUCCACAUCGACUCUUAAACAAGACCAACAUCCUGAAGAUAUGGGUACUAAUUCGGAAGCCAUGGUUGAUGGUGGUGGUGCAUGCGCUGAUGUACUGGACUAUGCACAUGCUCCUUGUACUCCUAGACUGGAGGAUGAGCCAAUUUUUUCUAAAGUUCAAGAAGCUUCUGCAUGUGAUGAUCAUCUUGAAUCGGAAUAUCAUAUAACUGGGUCCACUAUGAGGGAGAACAUGGAUACAGCUCCUUAUGAGGAUAAACAAGAGGUGGAAUGGUCUUCGCAGAAUGAUAUGAUUACGAGUGCAGUACCUCAGGGGCCACCUGCCGAGAACGGAUACCUGUCAGGUGGAUUGGAAGCCAAAGAAACAGGGCGACAAGGUCAAACAGAAUCCAUAAAACCGGCUUCGGAAUGCACUAGUGAGAUCGUUAAAGAAUCUGAUGUUCCAGAGCAAACUGAAGCCAUCAACAACAGUGAUAGGAAUGAUUUGGUCUCAAUUGAUGAAGCUCACCGCAACGACCAGUGUCCCAAUGAAGUUGGUCCAGGAGUUUCUAAAGGGGAACCAGAAACUCAAAUUUGUCAGGGCACUAUUGAAUCCAGAACAUUAAACCUUGAUGCUCAUGACCAAGUCUCAGCUACUGAAACUAAUGUUUUGAGGCCAUGUAGUUCUAUCCAAGACCAAGAUGGUGCAUUAAAACCUGCAGUUGGCCCGACAUAUGAUGGUGAUGUCAAUUCUGUCAUAUACGUUGAAGCAACUGAUAGAGGAGAAGAGACAGCAAAGCUAGGUCAAGUGCAUUCUUUAAAUGGCAAUUCAGAAGAAAAUACGAAGGAAAACAAAGUACAACAUGAUGCAUCGGGUGAAGAUAUUGUAGUGGCUGCUGUUGAAGCUGAUGGUCUGGAAAAUGCUACCACUGAGCUGCCUGCUCCUGAAAAACUUCUUUCAGUACCGGAAGGACAUAUGGAGUUGCAUAGUGGCAUGAUGAUGGAAGUUAUCCCCAGGGACUUUGAGGGUCUUUAUGAAGAUGACGCUGGGAGCAAAACUGCUGCAGGCAGAAAGCGUACUUUUACUGAAAGUACACUAACGGAACAGAGUCUUAAUUCAGUUGAAUCUUCAAGACAAGUCCGUUUUAAACAAACAACAGGAUCAGUUCCAGAUGAUGAUGAUUUACUUUCUUCUAUUUUAGUUGGAAGGAAUACGUCAAUGUUGAGAGUAAAGCCAACACCUCCCCCUUCUGAAGUGACAUCUAUGAAGCGCCAUCGAGCUGCGCCUCGGUCUGGUGGUCCCAAAAGAAAAGUUCUUAUGGAUGAAACAAUGGUUUUGCACGGCGAUGCCAUACGGCAACAGCUGACCAACACAGAAGACAUACGCCGUGUUAGAAAGAAAGCUCCAUGCACACGCUCUGAAAUAUCAAUGAUACAGAAACAGCACAUGGUCGAUGAAACUUUUCUUGAGCCUGUAUUUGCUGACAUGUCAGUUGAAUUGGCAUCUUUGCACAAUCGUGUAUAUGAUUUGGGUCAGAUCAAGGUCUGUCAGAAUGAAGUACAUGAUGCAUCUCCGCAAAUUGUGAGUGAACUGAGGCAGCCUUCCCAAAAUGAUGAAAAUAUUUAUCUCCCUGAAACUAUGGUUGAACCAGACAUAAAUUCCCACCGCGAAAAGUCUGGUGCUUGUCUUGAAACUGUGGUUAUGGAUGACAAUGAGGGGCCUGGUAUGACCAAUGCAAUAGAAAUUGGUGGGCAGGAUAAAAACGGCGAGUUUUUGAGAGUGAUAGAUAAUGAAACAGCUGAGCCAUGUGAUAAUCAUCUUCUGAGUGAAAAUAAGAUAGAGGAAGUUGAUUACACGAGUGCAGCAGUUAAUGAAGAGUGGACCAAGCCUACAACUGUGGAUGCUGCUCUAAUAGAUUCUGGUGCUACUAGUGAUAUCCUUCAUGCUUCAGAUGGUAUCGUUCAGGCAGCUUCUAUAAAUGAAUCGGAAGGUACAAAUGCAUAUGCGGACAAAGAUGAAGCUGUCGUUCUUGAUCAGAGGGAAGCUGUGCCCUCAGAUGAAUUGGACUUUGCAGAAGUUAAUCAUGAACAAGCAAUGGGGAAUGAAGGGAAAGAUACAGAUGGCUAUGGGGGUGAGUGUGAAACUGAACUUGGAGUGAAGGAUUAUGGUCUGCCAGAGAUGACGCAAGAUGCUGCUGCUGGCUAUGGAGGGCCAGAAUACCAUGUUCAGGAUGAAAUUUACAGUACUACAUCUAAAGACCAGCUAGACUUGGAAUUUCCAUAUACGGGAUUCGAAAGCCUGCUGCAAGGUGGCUCAAUGGAUCAAUGCAAAGACCCUGAAGCUUAUCAACUUCAUAUGAUAGAUGGAGAUAUUUCUGGUUUUGACCUGCAUGAUCGAGAUGAACUCAAUUAUUUGGCUGAAGGAAAUGAUACAGACUUUCUAAAUGUUGAUGAUGAUGACUUGGCUGAAAUGGCGGAUGACUAUAUGCCUGAUGCUGAAGACACACGACUUAAUGAGAACAUCGGGUGGUCUUCUCGUACAAGAGCUGUUUCCAAGUAUCUACAAUCUGCAUUUAUUAAAGAGAGACAGUGUGGAAGGGCUUCUCUUUCCUUGGACAACCUCUUAAUCGGAAAAUCACGCAAGGAAGCAUCGAGGAUGUUUUUCGAAACAUUGGUCCUUAAAACAAGAGACUACAUCCACGUGGAAGAGCCAAUUGCGUUUGGUGAUAUAACCAUAAGGCCGCGAACGAGGCUGAUGAAAUCCGAUUUCUAAACCUUCUAUGCUGGAAAAUUUCGGAAACAUAUUAGAGAACAAGAUGAGAAUACUGGACUGCAGGAUCUCAGGCCUAAUUAUUCUGUUCUCUCUCUGUUUUAUUUGUGGCAGCUAGAUUCAUUCUUUUCAUGUGAUGCUUUCAGUCAGAGAUGCUAACUGACUAAUUAGGUUGCUGUUACAUGUAACUGUUUGUUCAACUCAGUAGAUUGUUUUACCCAAUCAUACAAUAUCUUGUAUUUAUAUGUAUAUAUUUAUACAUAUCUAUCAUGUAAUAUCAAGUUUUUGCGGCAAUCAAUGUUGCUUUUAGAUC